GUUCUCUUUUGCAGCCUUUCUAUUGGCUGAAAACUUGAUUUUGUUUGAAUACUGCAACGUGGGUCACAGAUGAAAGGACAAAAAGAAGACAACAACAAUCUACACAAUGGGUACUCCACGUUGAUUAACACCCCGGGAAGGAAAUGCUUAUCCUAAUCAAAUUUAUUAACAACCCAAAUAAAGCCAAAUCAGGGACGAAUGCAUCCUAUGGGUACACUUUGGAAAUAUUAGUUGUCAUUUCCCCUUUUAUUCUCCACUUCAUCUCUGUGGACUGAUUUGCCAAACACACAAGGUUUGGCUGAACUAGAUUCCAGCCUUCUUUGCAACCUCUGUAGCUUAGUCUACGCAGCCACAUGGAGGAGCCACUCAUUCUGAAGAAUGGUCAUCCAGCAGCCACGGCAGCAUCGGUGGAAGAAGAUGGUUUGCAGCAGAAGAGCAGGAAUGAGAGCCUGUGGAUGGUCUAUCUCAGCACUUUCGUCGCUGUUUGCGGGUCUUAUGUAUUUGGAUGCUGUGUGGGAUUUUCAUCGCCAACACAAGAUGCAAUCAGGGAAGAUCUCUCCCUGUCUCUGGCCGAGUAUUCUAUGUUUGGUUCAAUUCUGACGUUUGGGGCAAUGAUUGGUGCAAUCACAAGCGGAUCACUGGCUGAUCUCAUGGGCCGAAAAGGGGCGAUGAGAUUGUCAAGCGCCUUCUGUGCUGCAGGCUGGAUUGCCAUUUACUUUGCUCAGGGAGUAGUCGCACUGGACAUUGGCAGAUUGGCAACGGGUUAUGGGAUGGGAGUGUUCUCCUACGUGGUGCCUGUUUUCAUAUCCGAAAUAGCGCCCAAGAAUCUUCGAGGGGCCCUAGCUACUUUGAAUCAGGUUAUGAUCUGUGGGGGAGCGUCGGCAUCAUUCAUUAUAGGCACAUUCCUAACGUGGAGAGCUCUCGCUUUAACCGGACUCGUCCCUUGCGGAAUCCUGCUUAUAGGACUAUUUCUCAUCCCAGAAUCUCCUAGAUGGCUGGCAAAGAGAGGUCGCCAAAAGGAGUUCGAGGUUGCACUGCAGAAACUUAGGGGCAAGGAUGCUGACAUUGUGGAAGAGGCAGCUGAGAUUAAGGAAUACAUUGAAACACUUGACCGGCUUCCUAAAGUAAAGCUGCUGGACUUGUUCAACAAAAGAUAUCUACGAUCAGUCAUUAUUGGUGUAGGGUUGAUGGUGGCUCAACAAUUUGGAGGAAUCAAUGGAGUGUGCUUUUAUGUCAGUAACAUCUUCAAGUCAGCAGGAUUCUCUCCAAGUGUUGGAACUAUUACCUAUGCCAUUCUUCAGGUUGUAGUGACACUGUUAAUUACACAAGUGAUUGACAGAGCAGGAAGGAAGCCUCUUUUACUGGUUUCUGGAUCUGGUUUGGUGCUGGCCUGCUUGAUAACAGGCCUUUCAUUCUACCUGAAGGACAAUGAAUUGGCUCUGAACUACGUUCCCGCGAUGGCGGUAACUGGCAUACUGUUAUAUAUUGGGUCCUUUUCAGCAGGGAUGGGAGCUGUUCCAUGGGUUAUCAUGUCCGAGAUAUUUCCAAUAAACAUCAAAGGGGCAGCUGGAGGUUUAGCCACCUUAGUUAACUGGUUUGGUGCAUGGGCAGUUUCCUACACAUACAAUUUCCUCAUGUCCUGGAGCUCCUAUGGUACGUUUCUUGUUUAUGCUGCAAUCAACGCGCUAGCCAUAGUGUUUGUAAUCAAGGUGGUACCAGAAACUAAAGGAAGAACCUUAGAACAGAUACAAGCAGCCAUUAAUGGUUAAGAGUGUAAAGCGGGUUCGUUUUCUGGGUGGACUUGACUGAAGCUACGAUUAACGGGGAAUGUAAAAUGGGAAAAUUGAACAUACACAUUCAUCUCUUCAUUCAAGCAAUUCAAGGGAUAUCUGAGAUAGGGG